AUGUUGCCCAAAAAAAUACCUAAAACUCAAUAUAAAUUGCGAUUAACAAAAGGCAGUGGUAAAGGUAUAUUGAAUUGGAUAAAUAUAAAAUUUAAUUUACACGAUGUUAUAUUUUUUAUAUUAUGUGCAACAUUAGGAUCAUUUUACAUAUUCAUCAAGGUAUAUUUUAAUUUAAAUUUAUUUUAUUAUUAUUUUAUUUUAUGGUUUUAUUUUUAUUCUAGCAUUGGAUUGUAAACAAUAUAUUUGUUCUAAUAUUCGCUAUAGUUAGAAUAAAAAGGGAAUACUUCAGUAAUAUUAGAAUUGGUUUAUUCUUUUUAGUAAUUUUAUCAUUCAUCAUUGAAAUGUUGAUCUUUGAUACUAAUGGUAUGGCAAUAGUUAACAAAUCUUUUCAUGCUCCGACCAAAAGUUAGUUCUCAUUGUUCUAAAAAAAAUAUUUAACUUGUUUAAUUUAAUAUGAUAAAUAUACGUGGUGAUAUAUAUCUGUGGCUUGAUGUAACAAUAGCAAAUGUAUAUAAAAAAAAAUAUAAUACAAUAAUUAUGUACUUAACAUUAGAUUUCUGUAAAGAAAUUAUUAUUUUUAUACUGGCUCUUUUUGCAUUAAACCAUAUAUGUAUGUAUUACAUAUAUAUAUAUAUAUAUAGAUGUAAUCUAAUUAUUUAUGUUCAUUUUUUGUAUUUUAGUUAUUUUUCCUCUAGAUUUGUUGGAAAAUGGUAUUUUUGAUGCUAACAAUUUUGCUGUGUUGAGCCUAGGUGACAUUGUUAUUCCUGGAAUAUUUAUGGCUUUCUUAUUGAGGUUUGACCAAAGGUAUCUAGUUUUUUAAAUAAAUUUAUCCAUUUUAAUACAAACUAAUUUUUUUUUUAUGUUUAUAGUUUAAAGCGUAAAAUAAAUAUAUAUUUCAAUGCAUCAUUUUUGGCCUACCUUUUGGGCUUACUUGCUAUAGUUAUCGAGAUGUGUAUAUAUAAAACUACACAACCCACUUUAUCACUCUUGAUACUUGUAAGUUGCAUUACUUCACUACUAGCUUUAAUAUUUGGAGAUUUUAAGGCAUUAUUCAGGUAA